UGGUCGAAAAUCACGUCAAUCAACAGAACCCGGAAAAACAAACAAACAAAAAAAUCAUUACCUCAUUCUUUGACUCUUUACUUGGUUUCCGUGAGAUUUCCCUCGAGAUUCCUGCUUCUAAGCGCGAACUCACGAAAAAUACUAAAUAAUACUUUUAUAAAUCAAAAGAAAUAAAUACACCAACAGACAUUUAUUCAUCGUUUUCAGGGUCGUUUUAUGGCUCGAUAAAAAUGGACUAACAUCGGCUCGGUAAAGUGUCUCUCAGGUGCUGGGAGUUGUGGGGAUGAUGGAGUCCAGCAGCUGUCUCAGUCUGUCUCUGGGCUGUAAGCAGCUGUCCGUCUGCCUGGUGGACUGUAUGAAGACGCCCGAUGUCCUCACAGCUGCUGCUGCUGCUGCUGUGAAGCAGGAGCCCAGAGAUCAGACCUACAGAAGCUGUGACGGUGAGGAGAUGGACGAUAUAGUGUCUCGGUAUAAAGAAGAAGAGGAAGAAGACGAGUCCGGUGGCAGAAUCUCUGCAGGAAUGAAAACUGAAGAACCAGACGAAGCUCAACGGAGUCCAGUCGCGGCCGAUGGGACUCUGCUGGUGUUUCAGGACGACGGCGUGGCGUGGCUCAUCGAGGACCACAAACUGUCUGAGACCCUGAAGGCAGCCAUCCUCAGCAACGGCUCGGACACAAAACCACAACACGGUCACAAAGAUGGUUCCUCGCGCGACGUAGCUGCGACCGAACAACGGGAAGUCGAAGCUGAUGAGAAAGCUGAAGACAGAGAAACCGCAGAGUUGAGAUCUGGAGAGGGGAUCCAGGAGGAGUCCCAGCUGAGACACCACCUCUGUGAGCGCUGUGGUAAGUCCUUCGCCAGGAGGAGCAACGUGACCCGACACCAGCGGCAUCACUGCACCACAACGAAGGCCACUCUGAGCCCGACUGAGUCGGAGCAGACGGAGCCGGAGAACUAUUCAUGCGACAAAUGCAGCCUCACGUUUCAGACUAAACGGCAGCUGAAGCUGCACGCGACCGUUCACAAAGACAACGGUGAAAAUCCUAAAGGUAAAGGUGCAUCUGAGGAGGCUCCACGUGAGAGGCGUCACACCUGCAAACAAUGCCAUAAAAGCUUCUACUUGAUGCACACUCUCCGGCAGCAUCUUCUCAUUCACACGGGAGAGAAAUCGUACAGCUGUGAGUCCUGUGGGAAACAGUUUGGGAGGGAGGGCACACUGAAGGAGCACCAGCGGGUCCAUACGGGGGAGAAACCAUUUAAAUGUGACCAGUGUGGGAAGACCUGCGCCAGGAGGGGGGACCUGAAAAUACACAUGAUCAGUCACUCUGAGGAGAGACCACACAGCUGCAGCUUCUGUUCCAAAAGCUUCAAAUAUCUGACUAAACUGAAGCAGCACGAACUUAUUCACACGGGCGAGAAACCGUUCCAGUGCAAGUUGUGCUCAAAGAGGUUUAGACUGCAGAUGUCUCUGGCUUCACAUCAGUACACUCACACUGGAGAGCAGCCCUUCAAGUGCACGCUCUGCCCCAAAGCCUUCAGCGCCAGGAACAACUUGAAGAAGCACCAGAGGAUUCACACCGGAGAGAAACCGUACUGCUGCUCACAUUGCGGCAAACCCUGUCGCCUUCUGCAGCACCUGAUCCUGCACGAGCGCUGCCACACCGGGGAGAAACCAUAUACCUGCGAGAAGUGUGGGAAAGGUUUCCCAGAUGUGUCGAAUUUGAAAAAACACCAAUCCACUCAUGAGGAGAAACCACCACGCUGCACCCUCUGUGGGCUGAAAUUUACUGAAUCCGAGGAGCUGAUGAACCACAGGUGCGACGAGACGACAGAGAAACCGCACCGCUGUUUCCAGUGCGGCAAAUACUUUUCUCAGGCUGCAAACUUAAAGAAACACCAGAUGAUACACUCAGGGGAGAAACCUUACAGCUGCAAAGAGUGCGGGAAGCAGUUCAACCACAAGAGUAACCUCACAAAACACAUACGCAUCCACACUGGCGAGAAGCCGUUUGAAUGUGAACACUGUAAGACGUGCUUCAGACUCCUGCAGCACCUGAAACGCCACAGACUAACUCACAAACAGAAAGACUCUUAAUCUCAUGUUUUUGGACAAUGUUUUGGGAAGGACUCACUGAGGACAAAAUGUCCAUGAGAUGAACCAUGUAUCUGCUCCUGCAGCUCUGUGGGUUGACCACAUUUAAGGAUCGGUUCAUGCCAAGAAAUGCAGUAUUUGUGGGAGUAAGUCAAGUAUAGCUAACACAUACCAGUACCUGAUAGAAUCAGGUGUUUGUUCCCUCCAGAAAUGACUAAUCAUUGAUACUGUUAGUCUGUCUGACCGAUGCCAGGCUGAACUCAGAAGUCCAGUUUGUUACUCCCUGUAAAAAAGGAAAUUUUCCAUUUAGCUGGCUGUUAGCAUUAGCCCUGAGCUUUGUAAACAGACAUGAGAAAGGUUUGAAUGUUGUACCUCUCUACAAGAAAAGAUAUUAAACUGUCAAUUUAAGUGUUUGUUUGUUUGA